UUAAAACCAGUGGAGGAGGGGAGUUCGAGUGAAAGGCUUCCCCCUGACUUCAUUUCAAGUUUAUCUUGGACUCGUUUUUUGACAAGGCUCUAGGAUACACAAAGCGCCAGAAGACACCAAUUACUACCGGGACAACAUUAUUGAAGAGAAACAGAGAACAAGAUGCCCAGUUUGGAGCAGCGGAAGGUGCGUUCGCGUGAUGCGGCGCGCUGUAGGAGGAGUCAGGAGACGGAGGUCUUUUAUGAGCUUGCUCAUUCGCUGCCCCUUCCACGACGUAUCGCCUCCCACCUGGACAAAGCUGCCAUCAUGAGGGUGACGCUCAGCUAUCUGCGCAUGAACCGAUUGAUCCAAUCCGGGUCAACCAAAUCACAGACUGAAAAUUCGGAGAGUCCCACCGAUGGCUUUUAUCAGCAAGCACUGGCUGGCUUUAUCCUGGUGAUGACAGAGGAAGGAGACAUGGUCUUCCUCUCUGAGAGUGUCAGCAAAUACAUCGGCAUCACUCAGCUGGAGCUGCUUGGUCAGAGUGUGUAUGAGUUUGUUCAUCCCUGCGACCAAGAAGAAUUGCGAGACAUCCUUGCCACAAGACCAGGUGUUUCAAAGAAAAAGACAAUGGAGCAUAAUUUUUUCCUUCGCAUGAAGAGCACACUCACCCACACAGGAAGAACCGUUAAUAUCAAGUCUGCAACAUGGAAGGUCCUUCAUUGCACAGGACACAUGCAGCCGUUCAGCUGUGAUGAUGAAAACUCGCCCUCUGCUGGAAGCUUCCUGACAUUAUUGUGCGAACCCAUUCCUCACCCAUCAAGCGUUGAGUUUCCUCUCGACAGCAGCACUUUCCUUACACGCCACAACUUGGACCUGACUUACACACAGUGUGACGGACGUGUCACUGAGCUUGUCGGAUACCAGCCUGAUGAUCUGAUUGGCCGCUCGGCUUUUGAGUUUUUUCAUGCUCUUGAUUUUGAUCAUGUGUCCAGGAGCUUGCACAUCUUGUUCUCCAAGGGUCAGGUGUGCACUGGUCAGUACCGCUUCCUUGCUAAGAAUGGAGGAUUUGUGUGGACUGAGACUCAAGCCACUGUUCUGUACAACAGUAGGACCUCUCAGCCUGAGGCAGUGGUCUGCCUUAACUUCAUCCUCAGUGGUGUGGAAGAGCAGGACGUCGUGUUCUCAUUAGAGCAGACAUGUGAGAAACCAAAGCCCAAAGUGGAGAGGCUGAUGUUGCUGAAGGAGGAGCAAGAGGACUCGGACAUGGACGAGAUCAGCACUGCCAAGCUCUUCCUGCAGAUGAAGGAGAACCCAGAGGAGCUUCUGCAGCUGGCACCUCAUUCUGGAGAUGCCAUCAUCUCCCUGACAGACGGUUUGGAGUUGUCCUUCUGCUGCCCGCAAAGUCCCAACAGUGUCCCAGAAUGCCCUCAGGACUUCUGCACGCCUGAACUCCGCAAGCUCCUAUCUCCAAUAUUCGAUGGACCCGCCAAAUCUCCCCCUGCAGCGAGCUCCGCUGAAGAGCUGCCUAUGGAGACUGAAGGAGUGGAGAAGUUCUUCGCCCUCAAGCCUGAGGAGAGCCUAACUCCGAAAGGACAGUCAGAGGCUGUGGAUGAGCUUGAUUUGGACAUGCUAGCUCCAUACAUCUCCAUGGACGAUGACUUCCAGUUGACCUUCCUGCCCCAGAGUGAAAUAACCCCACCUCUGGAAAUGCUAACCAGUACUUCCAGGAAACGGUGUUUGGAAGAUGAGGAUGAUGAUGACAUUCCUGUUUUGGCUGCAAGAUGGGACAAGAAACAGAUGAGCGGCUCCAUAGAGGACCAGCUUCUGCUCAGCCACACAUUACUGGAUGGCUUGUCUGAUGGGUCUGAUGAAUUUGAACCACCACCUCAAAAGCGAAGUCAGCUUUUGACCGACAGGGACCCAUUGCUGGGCGGAGUGCAGGCAUUGUGUGACACAGCAGCUCUCAUGAGGGACACUUUCCUGUCUCGUCCACCCGACUUACGAAGACCUGUUGCGGAAACAUUGCCAUCCCUUACUUGAAGAAGAAACCAAGUGGACGAGUCCUCAGUGAGCACAGCCACCGUUAACGGGAAGGGUUCUAAAUAACCCUCUUCACCCUCAACAUGUAUCAACAUAACAUGUAUUACAGAGAAACAAAUGUUUUACGCACAAAACACAGGAGGACAAUUAGUCUGUACAUUCUGUCCAUCACAUGCGUCCAUUUGUGUACUUAUUUUUGUUUCAUUUUGUUCUUGUCCCAAUAUUAUAAUCAAAAGUAGUACAAAAAAUAGAUUUAAUUAAUGGGAUUAGUAUAAUAUAGUUAUAAACUUUUAGAUACCCCCCCUAUUUAGAUCUGUCAUUCAAUUAGAUAGCGACAUUUCUGGAAAAUAAUGGUGCUCCUAUAACCCUUCUUCUUUAAGCCGUUCAAGUCGUCCAAAGCACAAACACGGCCAAAGGGGUUUCGAAACGGAAGAUAAACUUGGUCAAGAUAUGCUAGAAACAGUUGUUCUACCACUUGUAGCCUUAAUCGAAACCUGUUAAUCUCAUACCUUCCAGCAGAACCUCAUUUGACCGUAAGCUGAGCUCCAUGAGGUGUUUUCUUGCAGCUAGAAUUAUGGGUCAGAGCGGCAAAACGGCUGACUUUAAACGGUUGUGAUCGUGCUUUUAAAGUUAGCAGAUUACUCACCGAGGCCAUAGCUGACAAACGCAACAAAUACUCUAUCUGUGAUCGUCUUUUUAUAAAGCAUUUUAUACACUUUUUGCAGUUACUUCUUAUAGUGAAUCUAUACUUGGUGUUCAGUUUAACAAAAUAUUACCCUAUCAUCCGUAACGCUUUUCAAAGAUACGACCGUCUGAAAGCCUCGUGUUUUGGAAACCAAGAAGAUGAGAUGUUAGCUUGACAAACGUGCGGAUCAUCUUGAUUUUUUUUUUCUAUCAUGUUUGAUGCAGCAGGGACAAUUUCUUUAAAAUAGUGGCAUACGGGGUUAGUUGUGGUGCUUUUGUGUUCAUUUGAAUGUGAAUCCGAUUUGUGGCCCCUGAUUUGUGGAGCUCGUACAGACAUGACUUCAGGGCCUCAUUCAAACCGUGUCCAGUAAGACACAUGCCUUUCUCAUAGAUAACAGGUCUUCUCUUAGACAUCUUGUGUAUAUUACUUGUGUAUUUUUGCAUCAUUUAUUUUCAAUGUACUUAUACCUUGUAUUGACUGAUAACUGAAUUAAAACAUUUUAAAUGCA